AGUUACGGAGGCGGCCCGGCGGGCGAGCGCUCGCUGGAUACCUCGUUGCUCGCUCGCUCUCUCGCUCUUGCUCCCCCUCGCCGCCUGUGGGGAAGUCCGGGCCGCCGGAGCGGCCGCCGCCACCGCCUCAUCCCAACCUCCUCCCCGGCCCCCCUCUGGGCCUUCAGAGUAUCGAGUCGCUCCGCGAAGGGUCCGGAGAGUCACCGCGGCCCCGCCGGGUGCGGAGUAAACCAUGUUGAGGCGGAUUUUGCAGCGGACUCCGGGGAGAGUUGGCUCUCAAGGUUCUGAUUUAGAUUCUUCAGCAACUCCCAUAAAUGCAGUUGAUGUCAAUAAUGAAAGCUCUUCAGAGGGUUUCAUCUGUCCAUUAUGUAUGAAAAGAUGUAUAACUGCUAUUGACUUGUCGGAACAUUAUCAGAAAGUACACGCAGAAAAUGAAACAAGAGGACUGGAGCUUCUUAAUGACUCCGGUGUUACUGGAUUCAUAUGUCCCCAGUGUAUGAAAUCACUUGGAUCUGCUGAUGAACUUUUCAAACACUAUCAGGCAGUUCAUGAUGCUGAUAAUGAUUCAAGUCAUGGAGGAGAGGCUAGUCUUGCUUUGACGAGAGACGAUAUUACACUACUCAGACAAGAGGUACAGGACUUACAGGCUUCACUUAAGGAAGAAAAAUGGUACUCAGAAGAAUUAAAGAAAGAACUAGAAAAAUAUCAAGGACUGCAGCAGCAAGAGGCAAAACCUGAUGGAUUGGUGGCUGACUCGUCAGCAGAACUUCAGUCUUUGGAACAACAGUUAGAAGAAGCUCAAACAGAGAAUUUUAAUAUUAAGCAAAUGAAGGAUUUAUUUGAACAGAAAGCAGCCCAACUUGCUACUGAAAUUGCAGAUUUAAAGUCAAAAUAUGAUGAGGAAAGGAGUCUUCGAGAAGCUGCUGAACAUAAAGUAAUACAUUUGAUGGAAGAAUUAAACAAACAGGCCACUGUUAUUCAAGAUCUGAAAACUGAGCUGCUUCAGAGGCCUGGUAUAGAAGAUGUUGCUGUGCUAAAGAAAGAACUGGUUCAAGUUCAAACUCUAAUGGAUAAUAUGACAUUGGAGCGUGAGAGAGAAUCUGAAAAACUGAAAGAUGAAUGUAAUAAGUUACAAGCAGAAUAUGCUAACACAGAGGCUACAAUAAGCCAGCUAAAGAGUGAACUUGCCAAAGGCCCUCAAGAAGUUGCUGUGUAUGUACAGGAACUACAAAAACUUAAAAGUUCAAUUAAUGAAUUAACACAAAAAAAUCAGAACUUAACAGAAAAGUUGCUAAAGAAAGAACUGGAUUAUACCCAGUUAGAGGAGAAGCAUAAUGAAGAAUCAGUGAGUAAAAAGAAUUUACAAGCGAUCCUUCAUCAAAAGGACUUAGAUUGUCAACAGCUUCAGUCAAGGUUAUCUGCAUCUGAAAGUUCACUGCAGAGGAUACAGGCAGAACUAAAUGAGAAAGGAGAGGCUACUCAAAAGCUCAAAGAAGAAUUAUCUGAAGUAGAGACCAAAUAUCAACAUCUUAAAGCAGAAUUUAAACAAUUACAACAACAAAGAGAAGAAAAGGAGCAGCAUGGGUUACAACUCCAAACAGAAAUUAAUCAAUUACAUAACAAACUUCUGGAGACUGAACGCCAACUAGGGGAAGCCCAUGGUAGACUGAAAGAGCAGAGACAGCUUUCAAGUGAAAAGUUGAUGGAUAAAGAACAACAAGUAGCUGAUUUACAACUCAAACUUUCUCGUUUAGAUGAGCAGUUGAAGGAAAAAGUAACAAACUCCACAGAAUUACAACAUCAGUUAGAGAAAACAAAGCAACAGCAUCAAGAACAACAAGCCCUUCAGCAAAGCACUACAGCAAAACUUCGAGAAGCUCAGAAUGAUCUAGAACAAGUAUUACGUCAAAUUGGUGAUAAGGACCAAAAGAUCCAGAAUCUUGAAGCCUUAUUACAGAAGAGUAAAGAAAAUAUUUCAUUGCUAGAAAAGGAAAGAGAAGAUCUUUAUGCAAAAAUUCAGGCUGGUGAAGGAGAGACUGCUGUUCUUAACCAAUUGCAAGAAAAAAACCAUACAUUACAAGAGCAAGUAACUCAACUGACAGAGAAGCUAAAAAAUCAGUCAGAAAGCCAUAAACAAGCCCAGGAGAAUUUACAUGACCAGGUGCAAGAACAGAAGGCACACCUUAGAGCCGCACAAGACCGUGUCCUUUCUCUAGAAACCAGUGUCAGUGAAUUAAAUAGUCAAUUAAAUGAAAGCAAAGAGAAGGUCUCUCAGCUUGACAUACAGAUUAAAGCCAAAACUGAAUUAUUGCUAUCAGCAGAAGCAGCAAAAACUGCUCAAAGAGCUGAUCUUCAGAAUCACUUGGACACAGCUCAAAAUGCAUUACAGGAUAAACAGCAGGAGUUAAAUAAGAUCACCACACAAUUGGACCAGAUCACUACAAAGUUACAAGACAAGCAAGAACAUUGCAACCAGCUAGAAAGUCAUCUUAAGGAAUAUAAAGAAAAACACCUCUCUUUAGAACAAAAAGCUGAAGACCUUGAAGGACAAAUUAAGAAAUUAGAAACCGAUGCUCUAGAGGUUAAAGCAAGCAAGGAACAAACUUUACAGGAUCUUCAACAGCAAAGACAGCUGAACAGGGAUUUAGAACUUAGAAUCACAGAACUGAGUAAACAACUUGAAAUGGAGAGUGAAAUAGUAUCCAGUACAAAAUUAAAUCUACAGAAAAAAUCCGAAGCCCUUGAAAAUAUUAAACAAAUGCUUACUAAGCAAGAAGAAGAGAAGAUUAUCCUGAAGCAAGAAAUUGAAAAAUUAAGUCAAGAUGCAAAGAUGCAGCACAAGGAAUUGAGUAACAAAAUACAAACAGCACUAACAGAAUUGAAACAAGUGAAGACAGAGAAAGAAACACUAAUGAGAGAGUUAUCUGCAGCAAAAGAAAAAUUGUCAAAAGCUUCAGAGACAUUGAAAAACACCCAAAGUGAAUUUGAAAAGGAGAAUCAGAAAGGAAAAGCCACUAUAUUAGAUUUGGAAAAAACUUGCAAAGAAUUAAAGCAUCAACUUCAAGUAAAGACAGAAAGCACAGUAAAAGAACAGAAUGAACUGAAACAAUUACUUGAGAAAGAGAAGGAGAUUACUCAUAAGGUGACCUUGGAACUCAAUUCAAUUAAGGAAGAAGUCAUUCAGGCCCAAAAUACUUUAAAACGAAAAGAAAAAGAAGAGCAGCAACUUCUGGAGAAUACGAAUGAGUUAAAACAAUCAAUUGAACAGAAGAAAAAGCAAAUUGAAGCACUCCAAGGAGAAGUUAAAAUAGCUGUUUCACAGAAGACAGAGCUUGAGAGUAAACUCCAGCAGCAGUCAGCAAAGGCAGCCCAGGAACUUGCAGCAGAGAAAGAAAAAGUAGCGGUGUUAAAAACUACUUAUGAAAAAUGUCAGGAAAAUCUAAAACAGCUUCAAUCUGACUUCUAUGGAAAGGAAUCUGAACUUCUGGCCACAAGGCAAGAUCUUAAGUCUGUAGAAGAGAAGCUUUCUCUAGCACAGGAAGAUUUGAUUUCAAACAGAAAUCAGAUUGGAAACCAAAAUAAAUUGAUUCAAGAAUUAAAGACUGCCAAAGCUACUUUAGAGCAAGAUUCAGCAAAGAAAGAACAGCAACUGAAGGAGCAGAGUAAAGCACUACAAGAUAUUCAGAAAGAAAAGUCCAUGAAAGAGAAGGAGCUAGUGAAUGAGAAAUCUAAAUUGACAGAGAUAGAGGAAAUUAAGUGUAGACAAGAAAAAGAAAUUACUAAACUAAGCGAAGACCUCAAAUCCCACAAACAAGAAAGCAUAAAGGAGGUAACAAAUCUCAAGGAUGCCAAACAGCUUUUGAUUCAGCAGAAAUUAGAACUUCAAGGAAAAGUCGACUCUCUGAAGGCAACUCUUGAACAGGAGAAAAAAAAACAGCAGAUGUUAAAAGAGCAGGUGAAAAGGGAAGAAGAUGAGCUGAAGAAAGAAUUUAUUGAGAAAGAAGCUAAAUUGCAUUCUGAAAUAAAAGAAAAAGAAGUAGGAAUGAAGAAACAUGAAGAAAAUGAGGCUAAACUUACCAUGCAGAUCACAGCAUUAAAUGAGAACUUAGGCACUGUAAAGAAGGAGUGGCAGUCUAGUCAACGGAGAGUUAGUGAGCUUGAGAAACAAACGGAUGAUUUACGGGGUGAAAUAGCAGUCCUAGAAGCAACGGUUCAGAAUAAUCAAGAUGAAAGAAGAGCACUACUGGAAAGGUGUCUUAAAGGAGAGGGUGAAAUCGAAAAGCUUCAGACCAAAGUACUAGAAUUGCAAAGAAAGCUGGACAAUACAACUGCUGCGGUCCAGGAGCUUGGCAGAGAAAACCAGUCUCUCCAGAUCAAACAUACCCAAGCACUGAACAGAAAGUGGGCGGAGGACAAUGAAGUACAAAACUGCAUGGCCUGUGGGAAAGGCUUCUCGGUCACUGUGAGACGGCAUCACUGCCGGCAGUGUGGAAAUAUCUUCUGUGCUGAGUGUUCAGCCAAAAAUGCCUUAACUCCUUCUUCCAAGAAGCCUGUUCGUGUCUGUGAUGCAUGUUUCAAUGACUUGCAAGGAUAAUGGGAUAUCAGAACUUCAGAGUACUAUGACACAUUAGAUUUUUAAUAAAUGUGUUUCAAAACAAUCUUGGACUACUCUUUGAUUUGGACUUGACCAAAUUAGAAUUUGUAUAUUUCGGAAUGUUAUCAGUAUCAAGUACAACUCUUCUAUUUUUGUGAGACAUGGGUUUAUCUUUCGUUAUUUUUUCCAUUUAACUCUUUGGGACAGCUUUCAUGCCAAGUUCAGAAUUAACCAAUGAAAUGUAAAUAAACUUUGGGCAGAAAAUAGCAAUGUAUUUUUUUAAAUAUAAUUUCAUUGUUCACCAAUGAUUAAUUCAAUCCUAUAGCUUACUACUUUCUUCAUCUACAAAAAUGUAUGUGGAUGUUAUUAGUUGUUGCUGUUUUGUUGCACCCUAGCACAUUAAUUGCAUUGAAUCUUUUCUUUGUAGAGUCAUGCACAGGACUGUGAUUCUCACUAUUUUCUCUAAUAUAUACGUCUCUGGCUUAGUUACAUUGUUAUGAAUUUACUCCUUGGAUGUUUGAAAUACAGUUUAUGUUAAAAUGUGUAUUAACCAUGAAUUGAAACAUGGUUAUUGUUUUAAUGGUAUUGAUUAAAUUCUUAAGUAGAUGCUGUGAAAAUCUCUGUAUAAUCAGUUUUCUUACUUUAUUGUAAUACUUGGAUUGUAUUUCAGAGAUUAGGGUUAAUUCUUUUUCUUUUCUUUUUAUUGUCAGUUUCAUUUGUAAAUUACCAUAUACUUUCUUCAAAAAUCCUAUAAAACUUCCUACCUUUAGUUGAAAGCUAAAAGAAAUUGUAUAAUGGUCCUACUGCCAUUUUCUUAUAAAUGGAAAGUCUUCUUCAUAUUAUACCCUCAUUUUGACUUCUCAACAUCUUUAGGAAUGUUUAUUUUUAUACAUUUACUUUUGUUUGUUUGUUGUUUCUGAGACUGGGUCUUAAACUCAGGGCCUCAAAAUGUCAGUUGGCUCCUUUCAUUCACAGCUGGCACUCUACCACUUAAGCCACACUUCCACUCUUGCUUUUUGCUGGUUAUUUGAAGGUUACAGUCACUUGGAUUUGUCUGGACCAGGCUAGGUCCAAACUUUGGAAUCACAUGGUGAUUCUCAGAUGUCAGUCUCUAAGGCUGUAGGUGUGAGCCACCAGCAACAGUCAUUACUUUUUUCUUUAUUUGAUUUAAUCUUCAAAAGCAUAGCUCAGCUUCCUUGUAAUUGUUUUGUUAUUUUUUACUUUGAAGCUACUAAUUGAUAAUUCUAUACUCUUCCCUAUGGAAACAAAACAUUAAUGGUAAGAAAACAUUAGAUAUUCUAAUUUAUAUUUUCUUCUAGUAAAGAAUGUUUGAAGUUGUAAAAUUAACUCAAAUGUUUCUGAGCUACAGUUCCAUGUUAACAGGGAAAUAUUUUAACUUUGCAAAAAAAAAUAACUGUUCAUUUACCUUUACCAUUAAUAAACAGUAUCACCGAAAACAGAUACACUGCAGGAACCCCAAAUUUGCAAUAAAAAUGGAAAUAGAAUAACUAAGCACCUUAAGGAUAAGUUGUAAGCUGAAUAAUGGAACUAAGCUUCAUUUUUCCAGUCAUAUUAAUUCAGGAAUUUGGAAAAUUUCUGAAUGUAGAAGUCAUUAACACUUGUAUAUUGUGUUCCUGAAAGAGAAAUGUAAAGUUACACACUCAUUUAGUGUGUUUAUUUAAUAAAAUAGCAGAGGAUGACAGUAUUUUAUUUACAAUAAAUUAUUAGGUAUACUUAUAAAUAUUCUGAAAGGAAAUUAUAUGUUUAUGCCAUACAUAAAGCAUAUUUUAAAAAAGAUAUGGACAGAUAUUGUUUAUUAAGAACAGUUUAGGAAAACUCUGUUGUCAGUAUCUUUUAAGUUCAUAGACUUGGACAAACAGUAUAUUCUUGAUCAUAUAUAAUGAUGAAAUGCAAUGGCACUAUUAAAGAUAAGUUCUCUAAUACAAACUGAGCUAUUUAUGCAUUUUGUAUACUUGUAAGUCCUUUCAAAUAUUGUUGAUUCUAUACUUUUGCACAUAAAUAACCUAAUCGUGUUGGGAAAACACAGAUAUUAAUGGCACCAACUAUUUUUCAAGAUAGUAAAACUUUGAGAAUUCUAGUUUAGAAUGUUUACUUCAUCUCCUAUUUGGAUAUACUGCAAACCUUCUGGUUCCAACCCCACUCUUCUCAACAUUCACCAAAAAAGGUGUGAGAAAAACCAGUAAAACCUUGUGUGUUUAGGUGAAUAUUUUGUUCUCAUAGGUCUCAAAUAAUUUACUUAUCAUAGGUUACUGUGCUGAUAAUACUAGUGAAGCCAGUUUUGCUAUUAACUCUGAUUUAAUGUGUUUUGAGAAAAAGUAAAGGUUUUAUGUUCACUUUUACUUAAAAAAUCCUCUUCAAGUUCUUUUUGACUUUACAUUUUAGUUAUUUGCUGGUACUAUUGUCUUGUCAGAUUGGGCUAUACUGCAAAAUAUAUUAGCAUCAAGUUAGCACAGAAACGUUAGUUAAAAUCAGGUUUUGGUGGAUUUGUGUUUUAGUAGAAGGCAAAGCUACUGGUAUAGAAUUCGUUCCUUCUUACAAAAAGAUAAAGAGGGAAACAAACACAAAAACCUCAAUGCAGUGUACAAACAACAUUUUGUUCAACUACCUCUGAAAGUAGAAUUAGUGUUUAAUAGUUUCAUUACAGUAAUGUUAAAUAGUAACUGCCAAAUUUAUUUUCCCAUCUCUUAAGUCUUUAUGAUUAUUUUAUGUAGUUUUAAGAUCUUUAAAGCCACUUUUUAAACUUUAAAUUUGUAUAAAAAAUUUAGCUUUUAAGUGGAGAACAAUCUGUGAUCAUAUAUUUUGAUAUUCAUGACCUGUUUUGACUAUAGCAGGUUUUUUUUGUUGUUGUUGUUAAAUGCACUUUGGCAGUAAAAACCAUGGAUGAUUUGAUCCAUAAGAUUUUAAUGUGCCAUCAAUUUAGUAUUAUUUCUAGACAUGAGCUUGAUGAAUGAAAAUCUGUAAUUUACUGUGUCUUAAUUGCCCUUUGCCUGAAUUUUAAAGAUCACUUUGUUACUGUUGCAGAUGUAAAUGUUGUGCAUAUAAAAGCUAAGUAAAAUUGUAUAAAAUAGAAUUGGAAAUCACUAAGAUUUUUCUGUGUAGAAAUAAUGAACUUAUUGUAACAUGAACCAGUUGUGUGUAUGACAUUUUAUCCUUCCUCAAACUGGAUCAUAUACCCAUAGCUCUGUAUAUAUUCUUGCAUGAAUAUUUUUUUCGUUUAGUUUUGGCUUCAUAAUUUGUAUUGCGUUUAUUACUUGUGAUCAUGUAGUUGUGCCUUAUUUUGUGAGUUUGGCUCAGUAAAUACUGUAAUUUCUAACCUCUGAUUAGAAGGUUAUUGGUUAUAAAUAUAACUGAUGAAUUAAUUACAAGACAGCAUUUAAAUAUGUAUAAAGAAAAAAAUGGAAGGAUCCUUACUGAAUUGUUUUUUAUAAUAUGUUAAAGAUGAUAUUAAAACAUUUCUUUGUAGUAGA